GUUCCAGCCGCUAGGUCUGCAAGGUCUUGUAGCUGCCCAACUUUCUCGAUUAGCUCAACGCAUUUAGCAACAUGCAGGCGACACGUGUGCCCGCUAAGGCUGGCGUUUCCGGUGCGAUAAGGCCGGUGGUCAGCCCUCGCCCAGGUCGCCGCUGCCUGGUUAUUCAAAACGCUGUGAGGGAUGUUUUCAUGCCGGCAUUAAGCUCCACGAUGACUGAGGGGAAGAUCGUUUCAUGGCUAAAGAACGUUGGCGAUAAGGUUAAGAAGGGCGAGGCUCUGGUCGUCGUGGAGAGUGACAAGGCUGAUAUGGACGUUGAAUCCUUCAGCGAGGGCAUUCUAGGAGCUAUCGUGGUGCAGGAGGGAGAGCGUGCAAGCGUCGGGGCUCCGAUCGCCUUUGUGGCCGAAAACGCCAACGAGCUGGAGGAGGCCAAGAAGAAGGCAGCUGCUAUGGGCGCACCUGCUGCCACUAGCGCACCGGCCGCGGCUCCGGCGCCCGCUGGUGCACCUGCUCCGGCUGCCCCAGCACCUGCGCCUGCUGCCCCAGCACCUGCGCCUGCUCCCGCGCCUGCGCCUGUGGCUGUUGCCCCAUCGCCCGCACCUGUGGCGCGGACGGAUGGCCGUAUUGUGGCCACUCCAUAUGCUAAGCAACUGGCCAAGGAAAUGAAGGUCGACCUCGCAUCCGUGGUGGGCACCGGCCCCAACGGCCGCAUCACGGCUGCUGAUGUGGAGGCCAAGGCUGCCGGCAAGGCUGCUGCCGUACCCGCACCCGCCGCCCCCGCUGUGGUUGUUUCCGCACCCGCACCCGCCGCUCCUGUCGUGGCUGCCGUACCGCCGGCUGCUGCUGCUGCUGCUACUGCCGGCAAGAGUACGACGGUGUCGGAGCUACGCGGUACGACAAAGCCCUUUACCACGCUGCAAGCGGCGGUGGCUCGCAACAUGAACGAGAGCCUCAAGGUUCCCGAGUUCCGCGUGUCGUACAGCAUCUGUACGGACAAGCUGGAUGCGCUGUACGGCGCUCUGAAGCCCAAGGGCGUCACCAUGACUGCCCUGCUGGCCAAGGCGGCGGGAGUGGCGCUGGCCAAGCACCCGCUGCUGUACGCGGCCUGCACCCCCGACGGCAGCGGCAUCACCUUCAACUCCUCCAUCAACGUGGCCCUGGCGGUGGCCAUGCCGGACGGGGGGCUCAUCACGCCGGUGCUCAAACACGCGGACAGCACCGACAUCUACCAGCUGUCCAGGAACUGGGCUGAUCUGGUGAAGCGCGCCCGCUCCAAGCAGCUCUCCCCCGACGAGUACACCAGCGGCACCUUCACCAUCUCCAACCUGGGAAUGUACGGAGUGGACACCUUCGAUGCCAUCCUGCCGCCCGGCACCGCCGCCAUCCUGGCGGUGGGCGGCUCUCAGCCCACCGUGGUGGCCACCGCUGACGGCAUGCUGGGGGUGCGCAAGGUAAUGCGUGUGAACCUCACGGCCGACCACCGGGUCGUGUACGGCGCGGAUGCGGCGGAGUUCCUGCAGACACUGAAGGCCGUGAUUGAGGCGCCGGAGCAGCUGCUCAUGUGAGCGGUGGUGGGUGGGUGCGUUUGACGAAGACGAGAGGGAAGAGAGAUGGAGUGAAGAUUGAGGGAAGUGUGACAGAGAGAGAGGAGGAGAGAGAUGAAAAUAGAGCGCCGUUGCGAUGUCGUAUACUCGGGAGUUGAGAGGGAGAACAGAGCGGGUGGUUGAGGAGUUGCGGAUGGGUGUGCGUUGUAAUAAUAUGCUUGGCGGGGGCUGCCGUUGAUGUGGCGGGAAUAAGGUGGUUGUGCAGGUUGAGCCCGGUGAGGAAGCCUUUGGAAGUGUUGUUUCUUUUGUACAAGUAGGUUGGAAGCGAGGAUAAGAGAGCCGGGGCUUAGAUUCGGUGUGGAGCUGAUUGACGGGAGGAUUGGCCUCAUGGUAACAUGCGUGAGGAGGAGAAUGGGAUUUCGUCGUAACAACAACCGGAUGUGGGUUUGUUGCUGCACCAUUGUCUUGAGUCAAAGCGCUUAUGGUACAGGGGACAGACCCAUGGGACAUAGUGCUUCCCUCUCGCCACACAUUCAUGUAGUUCGUCUCGGCAGACCCAUGGGCCAUGAUGCCUUUGCGUACCUCGUCGGAGUUUCCUUGUGUUUUAUAUUUCUCGAAGAAGUCCUUUUCAUCCUCUCGAGCUCGGAGGGAGAGUAUGCAGUAGUAAGCCGACUAUGUAGUAUCCAACAACAUAAUGGUAGGGAAUGGCGUGGAAACGAGGGGUAUGUGGCGAGUAAAAUUCGG